UAAGUAUAUCAAUCAACAUAUUUUAUUAUAUUUUUAUUUUUUUUGUCCGGGGCAGUCCUGCACAUUCGAGCUUUCUUUAAGCCGCUCGGCAGGAACAUCAAAUUAGCAAACUGAGAAGAGAAUUGACGAAAACAGAGAGGAAAACUGACGCAAAAAAAAGAUGGGUGAAGGAGAAGGAGAAGAAGAUAGGGCAAUAGGAUGUAUUAUGACUCCAUGGGAGCAGCACUCAACUGUCAUUAGCAUCCCUCGCUUUGACUACAGCGCUCCUUCUUCUCUUCUCCACCACUCGCAUUCUGGCUUUCUCAUCACCUGCACUAUCAAGAGGGAGAAAAGUGCCACGAAAGAAGCCAUGUCCAUCCUUGAAAAGUACGUUGGGUCUUUUUAUACUGGUAGCUCCGAAAAUUUUGGAUGCUCUGAUGCAAAUGAAGCACCUAAGAGAAGGAAAAUAUGUACGGUGAAAACAGAUGGGGAAUACACCAACUGUGUGCAAAGCAAGACUGUUACUGAUGAUUUUGGGAAUACUGCAGGUGAACUUUCAAAAAACACCUGUUUAUCUGCUGCAAAGGCGGAUGCAAAUGCAGAUAGAGAUCUUCUUUCAUUAGUUAAGCUGACAAGGAGUGGAUUGGUUCUCUUUACAUUUCCGAGAAAUAAUGUUCAUGACACUGUCGAUAUUGUAUUGAAUAUUAUUCAGUCUCUGGAAUCUGGAAGUUUGAAGUCACCUCUUUGGUGCCAUCGCAUUUUACCUAUUCAAGCUACUUGUAAUUUGAAUGAGAAGGAACUGCAGGCAGUUGCAUCCCAUCUUGUUGUUCAAUUUGUGAAUAAAAGACGGGACAAACUUGUGCAUCCUAUUAAGUUUGCUGUUGGGUAUAAUAGACGAGGGAUUGAGGAGACGGAGAUAAAGAGUUUGAAAAAUAUAUUUGUUGAUCCCAAUUUAUUCUCUUUGUUGGAUCGCAACAAGUGCUUCAGCAUCGUAGCUGCUGCAGUUAAAGAAUCUAUACCUGAUUCAGUUGUAGACCUAAAAUCUCCAGAGCUUUCUAUUCUUGUUGAGUUGCUGCCGCUUGCCGGGGUGCCCAAUGGGUCAUUAGUGGUUGCUGUUUCUGUUCUCCCACACAACCUUGUUUGUACUAAGCCGCGGUUGUGUGUUAAAGCUCUGGUUUCAAAGGCCAAGGCAAACGACAGAACGAAUUAGAAAGGAAUAUGUACCUUGAGAUUGCUAUUUCCUCUUCUUCUUGGACACAAAAUGGUAACUCAUGAUUUUGCUGCUUGGUAAGAGCUUGGGUUAGCAGUUUCAGUUGCCAUGGAUAUCUUAGAGACCUUGUUGGUUUCCAGCUGCAAAGGGUGUGGGGCCAAGUGGUAUAGCUGAGAAUGUGAAGUGUUUUAAUGAAAUCUAUUUAUCUGUUCACAGGCUGCCUUGAUUCUUCUGUUUACUGAACAUAACUGCUUAGAUUUGUGGUUGGCUUUUGUUGUGCCUUCUCACUUGGUUGGAAUAUCAGUCCAUGGAUGGCAUGGUUCAUCAAUGGCUCAAUGCCUACAAUUGCACCGUGUAUUCUUGGUGAUCACAUCCGCAAGAAAUAGUUGUGUUUUAUGUUUUGACAACAAAUCGCAGGCAAUACAACAUUGUUAGGAAGAUGUGCUAGUACCACUUGUGGAAAGUGCUCCACAAAAAAGGCUAGUUCAUAUUGAUGAUGCAAUUGCUUAUGUUUGUGGAAGUAGGUUUGAUAUACAGUUAUGUUACCUCAGCAUAUUUGUUUGCCGAUCCGCACCAUUCAUGAUAUCUUACAUGCUCUGAUUUAACAGGGAAGGCAGAGGGUUCUGGGAGGGAACCUAUUUGUUGAAUGACAUGGAGGCUUUUGAUUCAGUUUUAUAUUUUAAUCUAUUCAAGCACACUUAGGUAGCGUUUGGGAGCAUACAUUUUAGGGUUUGAAUUUUGAUUUGUGUGAAUUUAGAAUAAACUCACCUUAUGUUUAGGAGAUGUCUUGAAUUUAAAUUUGGAUUUUGUGUGGAUUUGGACAAACUGACCAAGUGUAAUACAAAUUUCAAUAAAUUCAUUUAAAUUUAAAUCUAAGGUUUGAAAUUUAUAUUCUCAA